AACUGAAUAAAUCGUCUUCACCAUUGAGAUUUGAGAAUUGAAAUCUCCGAUUUUGAACCAGUCAUAGUCAUGACCUAACCCUAAUGAAUCGUAUUCAUACGCGAAGGCCAAUUGCGAACUCCAUAACUCUUCUUCUUCAUCAUCAUCAACACACUUUCUCUUCCAAAUUUCAUCACUUUGAAUCCAACAACAGAUCUAAUGCAUUCUCCCAGCCUCAAGCAUCUAUCUUGGUUCCCGCCCAUAACUUGAAAACCUCGCCGCCAUCAUCAAUCCAUGUAAAAAAGUUUCAAUAUGAACAAUCUGAUGUGAUCUCAUCAAACAAGAUGAUUACAGAUUACAUUCGUUCAGGUAACAUGAAUUCAGCCUUAAUUAUAUUUAAUUCAAUGCCUGUAAGAAGUACGAUAACAUGGAAUUCAAUCUUAGCUGGUUAUUCAAAGAAAAUUGGAAAAGUUAGUGAAGCACGCCAACUGUUUGAUAAAAUACCUGAACCAGAUACAAUCUCUUUUAAUACAAUGUUAGCUUGUUAUUUACAAAAUUCCGACAUUGAAUCUGCUUGUGCUUUCUUUCAUUCGAUUCCUGUUAAAGAUAUUGUGUCAUGGAAUACACUCAUAUCGGGUUUAUCACAGAAUGGUAUGAUGAAUGAAGCUCGAAAAUUGUUUGAUUCUAUGCCGGUUAAGAAUAAUGUGUCGUGGAAUGCAAUGAUAUCGGGUUAUUCUGAAAUGGGUGAUCUUGAUUCGUCAAUGGAGUUUCUUAUUGCUGCUCCUGUUAAGACUGUGAUUGCUUUAACUGCUGUAAUGACUGGAUAUAUGAAGAUUGGUAAUCUGGAGUUAGCUGAGAAAACCUUUAAAGAGAUGCCAAUCAAGAAUUUAGUUACAUUGAAUGCCAUGAUUUCAGGUUAUGUUGAAAAUUGUCAAUCGGAGAAGGGUAUGAAGGUUUUUAAGUCGAUUCUCGAAUCGGGUUUGAAACCAAAUGCGUCGAGCUUGAGUAGUACUCUUCUCGGCUGCAGUAACUUAUCUGCUCUUCAAUUAGGUAAACAAGUUCAUCAGUUUACAAUCAAGUCAUUAUUGAAUCGCAAUACAACCGUGGCAACAUCCUUAAUCAGCAUGUAUUGUAAAUGCGGAGAUCUAGAGAUGGCGUCGAAAAUAUUUAUUGGAUUCCAUUCAAAAGAUGUGGUGACGUGGAAUGCGAUGAUUUCGGGAUAUGCCCAUCACGGUUUUGGCCAAAAGGCUCUUGAAUUAUUCGACGAAAUGAGAAUUCUUCGAGUAAGGCCUGAUUGGAUUACGCUGAUUGGAGUCUUAUCCGCUUGUAAUCAUUCAGGACUUAUCGAACGUGGGAUUAACUAUUUCGAUAAUAUGGGUAGAGACUAUGGGAUUGAAGUUAGGCCGGAUCAUUAUACUUGUAUGGUGGAUCUCCUUGGUCGAGCGGGUAAAUUGGACGAAGCUGUGGAUUUGAUAAAGCGAAUGCCUUUCAAACCGCAUAAUGCUAUAUUCGGGACCCUUUUAGGUGCUUGUAGGGUUCAUAAGAAUGCCAGGUUGGCAGAGUUUGCAGCUAGGGGGUUGAUUGAGUUAGAGCCGAGGAGUGGGGCUGGUUACGUCCAGCUGGCGAAUGUAUACGCUUCGACAAAGAGGUGGGACCGUGUGGUUGGAGUGAGGCAAAUGAUGAAGGAUAAUGGAGUUGUGAAAACAGCGGGGUUUAGUUGGGUUGAAGUGAAGAACGUUGUUCAUGAGUUUAGGUCGGGUGAUUUUGUUCAUAGCGAGAUGGGAUUGAUUCGCGAGAAGUUGAAGGAAUUGGGGGAUGGGAUUAGGUUGGCCGGUUAUAUUGCGAAUUUGGAAUGGGAUUUGCAUGAUGUUGGUGACGAGGAGAAGGGGGAAUUAUUGAUGAUGCAUAGCGAGAGGUUGGCGAUUGCUUUCGGGUUGAUGAAAUUGGGGGAUGGAAUUCCGAUUAGAGUUUUUAAGAACUUGAGGGUUUGUGGUGAUUGUCACGAGGCUACCAAGUUUAUAUCGAUUAUUGAAAAGAGGGAAAUUAUUGUUCGGGAUACUUCGAGGUUUCAUCAUUUCAAAAAUGGGAUUUGCUCCUGUGGUGAUUAUUGGUAAAAUGUGUAAUAAAAUACAAAUGUUACUAGUUUUUCGAAUAAUUGAAAACAUUUGAAAGUGUUUUUUUGUC